UUUUCGGUUUCCCUUCAACCAAAUCUCCCACGAAACUAUCUUCCAUUUACACAAAGGAAAAAAACAAAGCUCAGAGGAAGUCUUCUUCUCUCAGAACACACUGAAAAACCAAGACAUAUGAUUGUGUGUAUAUGAAGAACUUUUGAUACAAGUGUCGUUAGUUUGAAUGGGGAAAGGAAGACCAAGAGCUGUGGAAAAGGGGGUAAUAGGGCAGAAUUUGAGUGUAUGUCCAUCAACUUCAUCGAACAUACCAUCUGGGCCUGUGUAUCAUCCAACUGAAGAUGAAUUUAGAGACCCAUUGGAGUAUAUAUAUAAGAUCAGACCCGAGGCUGAGCCGUAUGGGAUUUGUAGGAUAGUGCCUCCCAAGAACUGGAAACCUCCAUUUGCAUUGAAAUUAGAUUCUUUUACAUUUCCCACAAAAACACAGGCCAUUCAUCAAUUGCAGGUUAGACCUGCUGCCUGUGAUUCAAAGACUUUUGAGCUUGAAUAUAAUAGGUUUUUGGAUGAUCAUUUUGGCAGAAAGAUGAAGAAGAAGGUGGUUUUUGAGGGAGAGGAGUUGGAUUUAUGCAAGUUAUUUAAUGCAGUGAAGCGUUAUGGUGGGUAUGAUAAAGUUGUUAAGGAGAAGAGGUGGGGUGAGGUUUUUAGGUUUGUUAGAUCAACAAAGAAGAUUUCGGAAUGUGCUAAGCAUGUGCUGUGUCAAUUAUACCGGGAACAUCUAUACGAUUACGAGAAUUAUUAUAGUAAACUGAAUAAGGAUGUCACGAAGAGUUCAAAAAGGAAAAUACAAGAUGAGAAGCUCAGUGAAUUCUUGGCCGAAUUUUCAACAUCUAAAAGGAGGCGGCAGAACACUGACGAUGGCAGAGCCAGCGUCUCAAAGUUAAAAGAAGAAGAGAAUAAUGAUCAGAUUUGUGAACAAUGUAAAAGUGGAUUGCAUGGUGAAGUGAUGCUUCUAUGUGAUAGGUGUGACAAGGGGUGGCACACAUACUGUCUCUCACCUCCCUUGAAGCAAGUCCCACCUGGGAACUGGUACUGUUUAGAUUGCUUGAAUUCCGAGAAGGACAGUUUUGGAUUUGUCCCUGGCAAAUGUUUCUCCCUGGAAGCAUUUAAGCGUAUGGAUUAUAGGGCCAAGAAGAAAUGGUUUGGCUCAGGGUCUGCUUCUAGAAUGCAAAUUGAGAAGAAAUUUUGGGAAAUUGUGGAAGGUUCAUUUGGUGAAGUUGAAGUUAAAUAUGGCAGUGACUUGGACACAUCAAUUUAUGGCAGUGGCUUUCCUCGUGAAAAUGUUCAGAGACCAGAAUCAAUUGAUGCUAAGGCUUGGGAUGAAUAUUGCAAUAGUCCGUGGAAUCUCAAUAACUUGCCCAAAUUGAAAGGGUCCAUGCUUAGAGCCAUUCGUCACAAUAUUACUGGUGUUAUGGUGCCCUGGUUGUAUAUUGGAAUGCUAUUUUCAUCGUUCUGCUGGCAUUUUGAAGACCAUUGUUUCUAUUCAAUGAAUUACCUGCACUGGGGUGACCCAAAAUGCUGGUAUAGUGUACCUGGUAGUGAAGCUACUGCUUUUGAGAAGGUUAUGCGGAACAGCCUACCUGAUCUUUUUGAUGCACAACCUGAUUUACUUUUUCAACUUGUUACCAUGUUGAAUCCAUCCGUCUUACAAGAAAAUGGCGUACCCGUUUAUACAGUACAACAGGAGCCUGGAAAUUUUGUUGUGACCUUCCCUAGAUCUUUCCAUGGGGGUUUUAAUCUUGGAUUAAAUUGUGCUGAGGCCGUAAAUUUUGCUCCUGCUGACUGGAUGCCUUAUGGUGGGUUUGGAGAAGAGUUGUAUCAGCUUUAUCACAAACCUGCUGUUUUUUCUCACGAGGAGCUUAUCUGUGUGAUAGCGAAGACGGAUUGUAGUGACCGAGUGUCUCCUUACCUAAAGAAAGAGUUACUCAGGAUUUAUUCUAAGGAGAAAAGUUGGAGGGAACAACUUUGGAAAAAUGGUGUAAUAAGAUCUUCUUCAUUGCCUCCUCGAAAGUGUCCUGAAUAUAUUAGUACAGAGGAGGAUCCAACAUGUGUUAUAUGUAAGAAGUACCUUUAUCUUUCAGCUAUAAGUUGCCGUUGUAGGAGAUCUGCUUUUGUAUGUUUGGAGCACUGGCAACACCUUUGUGAAUGCAAGUACAGCAGGCGGCGCCUUUUGUAUCGUUAUACACUCGCUGAACUAUAUGAUUUGAUUGGUAUAAUUGAUAGAUGUGGUUCUGGGGAUACAACUAAAAGUAAGGAUUUUCGACAAGCAGGCUUAUGCUACACUGAACGAUGUACUUUGACAAAAAAGGUGAAAGGUGGUUGUGUCACUCUGUCCCAACUUGCAGAAAAAUGGUUACUGCAUUCAAAUAAGGUUCUUCAAGAUCCAUUCUCAAAUGAGGCAUGUGUUAAGGCUUUGAGAGAAGCCGAGCAAUUUCUUUGGGCUGGUCAUGAUAUGGAUCACGUCCGUGAUGUUGUAAGAAACUUGGAUGAAACUCAAAAGUGGGUUCAAGGCAUUGGAGAUUCCCUUUCUAAAAUUGAAGCGUGGUCAUGUGAUCUUUCUGGAAGUUCAGAGAAAAUUUGCUUGGAUCAUGUAAACAAUUUGUUGAGUCUACCCUCAAUAUCAUGUAACCAUCCUGGGUAUCUUAAGUUGAAGGAUUAUGUUGAAGAAGCAAAGAUUUUGAUACAAGAUAUUGAUAAUGCCUUAUCAACAUGCCCUGAUGUUUCUGAAUGGGAAAUUUUGUACUCAAGAGUGUGUUCCUUUCCAAUCCAUAUAGAAGAAAGUGAGAAGUUAUCAGAAAACAUAUCAAUAGCGAAGUCUUGCAUAGAAAGUGUCAGAGAAAUAUUGGAGAAACAGCCUGCUGCUCUUGAGCUUGAGGUUCUUUACAAGUUGAAGUCUAAGAUCUUGGAACUCGGAAUCCAGCUUCCAGAGACAGAAAUGGUGCUGGAUUUAACAAGGCAAGCUGAACUACAUCGUUCUAGAUGUGCAGAAAUUAUGAAUGGUCCCAUGAACUUGAAGACCGUUGAACUAUUCCUUCAAGAAUCUAAGGGUUUUGCUGUUAAUAUACCUGAACUGAAACUUAUAAGACAAUAUCAUGACGAUGUUGUCAAAUGGCAUGCUCGUCUUAAUGCUGUUCUGGUUAAUGUUCAAGAACGGGAGGAUCAACAUACUGUAAUAGAAGAAUUGAAUUGCAUCCUGAGAGAUGGAUUAUCAUUGACAAUAAAAGUUGAUGAUGUACCUAUAGUUGAGGUUGAGUUGAAGAAGGCUUCUGCCAGGGAAAAAGCUCAAAAGUUACAGGUUACCAAGGUUUCCAUGGAAUUCAUACAGAAAUUGAUGAAUGAGGCUGUAGAGUUAGAAAUUGAUAAGGAAAAAUUGUUUGCUGAUAUUCGUGGAGUUCUCGAUUCAGCAAUGAGUUGGGAAAAGAGAGCUAUGAAUUUUCUAGCGCAUGGGGCUGAGCUAUCUGAUUUUGAAGAGAUUAUAAGGUCUUCUGAAGGUUUACGUGUUAUUCUACCUUCGCUUCAUGAUGUCAAGAAUGAAUUAUCCUCGGCCAAGUCUUGGCUAAAUAUUUCAAAACCUUUCUUAGAGUAUGUUCUCCCUUUGCCAUCUGCACCAAGAUCGCAGCUGAACGUCGAAACACUAAAGGAGUUGGUUUCUCAGUCAAAAUUCCAUAAGGUCGCUUUGGAAGAAAGCAGAGUGCUUGCUGCAGUCCUGAGAAAAUGCGAGGAUUGGAAAGAUGGAGCAAACUCUUUAUUGCAAGAAAUUGAUAAUCUUUGGAAUGUGGAUGAUAUAGGGGAUGGGCUGAGCAAUUGUCUUAUUCUUAAGAUUAAACAAUUAGUUGAUAGAAUCAAUGCUAUUAUUACAGCCGGUAUAUCUCUUGGUUAUGACUUUAGUGAGAUUUCCCGACUUCAAAGUGCUUGUUCUACACUCAUGUGGUGCAAUAAAGUUCUUUCUCUUUGCGACGCUAUUCCUUCUUAUCAGGAGGUUGAGAGCUUGAUGAAAGUUGAAGAGGACAAUUCUUGUUUUUUUGCCUCUGGUGUUUUGUGGAGCUUAUUGGUGGAAGGCGUCAAAUGGCUGAAACAAGCCUUAGAGGUGAUUCCUGGAACGUGCAAUUCUAAACAAAGAAAGUUAAGCGAUGCUGAGGAAUUGCUUUCCAACUCUCAGAGAAUCAAAAUCAACUUCUCAGCCAUGAAUGGUCAACUUGUAAAUGCUAUUCAGAAGCACAAGUUGUGGCAGGAAGAAGUACGCCAAUUUUUCAUUAUGGAGCGUGCUGAACGAUCAUGGGCUCUGUUAUUAAAACUUAAGGAAGAAGGAGACAUCGUUGCCUUCAAUUGUUCAGAGCUACAUUUAAUCUUUUCUGAAGCUGAAAAGAUUGAAAGGUGGAAGAAACAAAUGGAGGAAAUCAUGAAGACGUCUUUUGGAGAUGGAAGACCUCUGCUUGGUUGUCUAGGAGAGAUAAAGAAAUCACUGGACAGAGCCAUAUACAUAUAUGAGAAACCGUUGCUCUACGCCGAUCAGAACUUAUGUGUUUGUUGCUCUAGCGAUUCACAGGACCAGCAUCUUUUUGCUUGCUCAGUAUGUGAAGAAAGCUACCAUUUGCAGUGCCUAGGGAAAGCAAGAGAAAAAACAAGCAAUACCGAUAUCUUUAUAUGCCCUUAUUGCUAUAGCUCAAGGGGUGAAUUAUCAAUUGAUGAAAGUGGAGGUCCCUUGAGAUAUUUAGCAAAUCGUCCUGACCUAGAAAUGCUCACUAAGCUUAAAUCUGAUGCCGUGAACUUCUGUGUCUGGUUGGAAGAGGAAGAUGUAUUAAAGCAACUGAUAGAGCAGGCUUUAGUAUGCAAAUCCCAUUUGUCAGAAGUCUUGGACUUCUCAUCACGUUGUCAUGAUAAAGAUUUUAGUAUUGCUUGCAAGAGGUUAACGGUAGUGUUAAAGGCUAUGGACGUUGCAGGCAUUAACGACCAUGAAGGCAAGCGUGGCCUUGAGAUGGAAUUAUUGAGGAACUCGUGGAGAUUCAGAGUCAAGGAAGCUCUUGAAGGUUCUGAAAAACCAACAAUGCAACAGGUCCUGGAGCUUCUGGAAGAGGGAUCUGUGAUAAGCAUUCUGCCGGAAGAUUGCUACAGACGGAAGCUUUUGGAAGUGAAGAUUGUUUGCUCAAAGUGGAGAAGUCUUGCAAGGAAGAUUUCAGCCGACUGUGGGGCACUUGAAUUGGAGAAAGUUUUUGAAUUGAUUGAAGAGGGUGAAAAUUUACCUGCAUACCUCGAGAGGGAGCUCAAGUUAUUAAGAAAUCGAAGUAUGCUUUAUUGCAUUUGCCGCAAGCCAAAUGAUCGCAGGCCAAUGCUUGCUUGUGAUAUUUGUGAAGAAUGGUAUCACUUUGAUUGUGUCAAGAUAGAAUCUACUCCCAAGGUAUACAUUUGCCCUGCUUGCAAACCGCAAGUUGACAAUAAAAUGUUGAUUCAGCUAUCUAUGGAAUAUGAAAGUGAAACUAGUGCAAAAUUCGUGGAGCCAAAGACCCCUUCUCCUCAACACACGAAGCGGAGAUCGAAGCCUAAGAAAACAAAGCGAAAUUUAGUUCGAAGUGUGACGGAUUGCUAUAGAGAAUUCCGGUCCUCAAGUGGAAUGGAAUCCUUAUGGUGGCAAAAUAGGAAGCCUUUCAGGAGAGUAACCAGAAGGAGAGCAGAAUUUGGAAGUCUUUCUCCAUUUUCCCUCAUAAAACAAUAAUCAAGAUACAUGGAGGUAGGUAGUUUAACCAAAAGUCAUUUAAUUGAUUCAAUUGUUCAUAUGAUCAAUUUACCUUUCAGCUCAAUAAUAUGAAAGGGGAAAUUUUUAAUAUGUUGUUCAGUCAAUUUUUUUUUCCAGCUCUAGUCCCAGAUGAUGGGAUAUAUGGUUAUGGUUAGUGAAAAUAGUUUAGACAGGUAUCAAAUAAAUGAGUUAUAAUUUGUAUAUAUUUCUUGAAAUUUUCACUAGCCCAUGGAUAGUCUUGAAUUAAACUUUUUAUGAAAGAAACGAAUAGUUAAGGUCUUA